GCCCCGCGCCAAAUCAUGGACCACAAUGACAAUGAUUUGCAAGGAACAAAUAGUUCAGGAUCUUUGGGUGGUCUUGAUGUUCGUAGAAGAAUCCCUAUAAAGCUUAUCUCAAAACAGACCAAUAAAACCAAACCUGCACCUCGAACUCCAAGAAAUAUGAACAGAAUGCCCUCAAAGUCACAAGCUGGUGAUGAAGAAGAAUUUGAUUAUAACAAAGAGGAGCGAUAUGAAUGCAAAGGAGGUGAAAUGUUUGGCAAUCAAAGGAGAUUCCCUGGACCCAUCUUUUGGGAUUAUAAGAUAAACUUGCUGGGGGAAAAGGAUGACACACCAGUCCAUUUCUGUGAUAAGUGUGGAUUGCCCAUCAAAAUGUAUGGACGCAUGAUACCUUGCAAGCAUGUUUUCUGCUAUGACUGUGCUAUACUGCAUGAGAAAAAGGGAGACAAGAUGUGUCCAGGCUGUAAUGAACCUGUGCAGCGAAUCGAGCAGUGUGUACGAGGGUCUCUCUUCAUGUGUAGCAUUGUUCAGGGGUGCAAGAGAACUUACCUGUCCCAGAGGGACUUACAAGCUCACAUCAACCAUCGUCACAUGAGAGCUGGAAAGCCUGUUACUCGUCCUCCAAUUGAACCUGUACAUCCUCCCAUUGCACCACCACCUGCUGAAAUUCCUGAGCGUUUCAUACUGCCACCUGAGAAACAUCAUAUGAGCCACAUUCCGCCAAAGCAGCACAUCAUGAUACCACCACCUCCUUUACAGCAUGUGCCACAUGAGCAUUAUAACCAGCCACACGAAGAUAUUCGUGCGCCUCCCACAGAGAUGUCAAUGGCACCACCACCGCCUCGCCCAGUCAGUCAGGAUACCUUCCGCAUUUCAACAAGAAAACACAGCAACUUAAUAACGGUCCCUAUUCAGGAUGAUUCAAAUUCAGGUGCUCGAGAACCACCUCCACCAGCCCCCACACCUGCUCAUCAUCAUCCUGAAUACCAGGGUCAACCAGUGGUAUCACACCCUCAUCAUAUUAUGCCUCCACAGCAACAUUAUGCACCACCCCCACCCCCACCUCCACCAAUAAGCCAUCCUCUGCAGCAUCCUCCCCAGGCAGCAGGUACUCCUCACAUGGUAUAUAGCCAAGCUCCUCCACCACCAAUGACCUCUGCUCCUCCUCCAAUAACCCCACCACCUGGACAUAUAAUUGCCCAGAUGCCACCAUAUAUGAAUCAUCCUCCUCCAGGACCACCUCCUCCUCAGCAUGGAGGCCCCCCUGUAAAUGUAAAUGCACCCCCUCCCCAUCACUAUAACCCUAACUCACUGCCACAGUUCAGUGAAGAUCAAGGAACUCUUAGCCCCCCUUUCACACAGCCGGGGGGAAUGAGUCCAGGGAUAUGGCCCGCUCCAAGGGGCCCACCUCCGCCUCCAAGGAUGCAAGGGCCUCCUGCUCAGGCUCCGCUUCCUGGACCACACCACCCUGAUCAAGCCAGAUACAGACCCUAUUACCAAUGAUACGCGCAAUUGUGUGAAUAGAGAAUGCUAUGAAGAGGAUAAAACCAUGUACAACAGCCUUUUAAUUGAUUAAUUUGGCCAUAUUUUGUUG